AUGGUUCAGUUCCUACAGUCUCUGUUAGUCCUAGGACUGACAGCCCAUCUCUCAUGGGCCAGUCCGCAGGGCUUGCCAGAAUCCGAAGCCCUAGUCCAGCAGCGGGCACUAGCACCGGGUGAUCAAUAUGUCUUUGCUUUCUGCCCAAAGAAACUCCAGAAGUGUUCUGAAUGCGGUGGAGAUACCAAGAAGAAGGGCUUCUGCGAUAACGAAAAAGCUCAGGGAUCGGCUUUCGAGUACUAUCGUUGCAAGCAGUUCCAUAACACGGGCUGUGGUCUUAUUUGCGAAUGUAUAUCGGAAGAAACAGGAAAACCUGGAACGGGUCUCCCACCUAUCAUUCCAUUCCCACUCCCCCCAGCCGGAUUUGUGGUGCCUCCAGCGGGAGUUCCAAAUCCCAAGACUCCGUGUCAAGAAGAUUACACGAAGACUAGUUGCAAAGAUUGCAAAGCUCUGGAAGGCUGGUGCACCGUCGGAGAUAACGCUGGAUGUCCUUGUAAGGAGGAAUGCCCUUCAGACGAUAAGAAGCCCAAGUGCUCCGACGACGGGUGCAAAGGAGACGAUAAAGGAGCGUGUACCAUUGGCCAUUACAAGGACUGCAAGUGCAAGGCUGAAUGUCCUGACCCGAAGAAAAAGGCACUCCUCUGUAGCGACAAGGGUUGUGCCGGGAAGGACGGCAAAUGUACAACCGGUACAAAUGAUGGCUGCGCCUGUCACGAACUUGCGAAUCUCAUCUUUACAAUUGGAUCCAAGUCGCAGGCAGAAAAGAGCGAGAAGAUCAUGGCUGAGCUCUCCAAGUACCUUAAGGAUCACGAAGGAGAAGGAGACGAACCAACAGAACCGAAGGAGAUUAAAUGCGCCAGCACUGAUUAUAGCAAAGCAGUCGAUGUGGAUAUUUCAUUCAUGCAAAAAGUCGCUGAUAAAUUCUGCGACGGUGAUAUGAGCAAGAAGCGCAGUCAAGACUUGACAAACAAGGAUGUCUCAAGCUCUGCCUACGACAAGUAUAAGUUCCACUUGGAAUUCGAUCCGGGAAAGAACUGCAAAACCGACUGCAAGGCAACCUUUAAGUCCAUGAUUAGCAAAUGCGAGGGCUAUAACAGCCAUUCUAUCCAGCUGGAAGGCAAUGCUAAGUUUGACUGUGACGCAAGCUACAGCUACAAGAUCACUGUACCCGACAAGCCAAAGCCGAAGCCCGACCCUGGCUUUGAACAACACGGUUUGCAGGAGAGAAAGUGCCAUACCGCCGAUCAGUUCGGAGGCCAUGGGGACGUUCGUGGAUCUGAGAUUAGCAUGGCUGCAACAGGCUGUGCUGGCAUCUCUGACGACAAAGCCAAGCUGAAGGAAGGCUCUGAGCCUGUAAAGAUGCAAUCGACGUAUGGGAGCACCAAGCUUCAAUUCACCAUGUCUUGGAUUGAAAACUGCAAGGGAUCUGAGCAAGACGCCAGGUAUCCUUUCGGAGAGCCACACAACCUUGGUAACACCUGCUGGCAGCUUCUUUUGGAUGAUUGGCAGAAGUGUAACAACGGCGGUGCUGGAGGAUCCAUCGAUUACAGCUGUGUGAGAUAUGAUUUUAGGCCGACAUUUGACUAGGAUGAUACAG